ACAGAACCCAACAUGUGCUGUUUGGAGAACAACGAGCCAUUUUGCUGCAGCACUAAUGCUCAUAGCUUCACCUGAUUGCUGAUUUUUCAUUUCAAGGAAAACACAAAUGGGUGGUGGGGGAGAGAGACCUUCGUUCUCACCUACCGCCGUCCUGUUCUUGAUUUCGGCGGCUUGUUUCACGCGGUAAAUGCUGUCGCUGGGGAUGAGCCGGGGCCCUCGCUUUUAUUUUAUGCUCGCUCGGGGUCUCGCUUGCGGGGACAAGUAUAGAAGAGGAGAAGUGAGGUUAGCUCUUCCUUAUAGUUGUUUUUCCGAAUGAGGUCGAGAUCUGGGAAGCAGAAGAAGACAAAUUGGGCUGAACUCCUUUGUUUACGUUGCACCUGCCUACAGCUAUGGCCAAAGAUCGUGCUGCGGAAAUGGCUCAACUCCAAGGACUCCGACUUUAGUGCUGACGACGGGGAAACCACCGAGAGCGAUUUCGAAUUUGAAGAGAUGUGUCAAUGGGAGCGCCAAUUACGUGACGAGGAGAGGGGAAUAGGAAAUCACAUUGACGGAAUUCCAUUUUGGAGGCAAAGAAGAAAAUCCGAGACCCUUCGUGCACAAUAUAUAAAUACCAAGGAACUUAGGAUAUGUGUGGGGACCUGGAAUGUUGGUGGUAAACUUCCCCAUGAUGAUCUUGAUAUGAAGGACUGGCUCGACAUGGAGGAGCCUGCUGAUAUAUAUGUGCUGGGUUUGCAGGAGAUUGUUCCUUUGAAUGCAGGCAACAUAUUUGGUGCGGAGGACACCAGGCCUGUUCCAAGAUGGGAAUAUCUUAUUCGUCAGACAUUGAAUAAGAUUCAACCGGCUAAACUGAAAUAUAAAUGUUACAGUGAUCCCCCUUCACCAUCAAGAUUCCUAUCAACAGAUGAUACUCUGGGCAUGGAAGAUGCAUUACUACAAGUGAGUGAUGAUGACACUGAUGAGGAAAUCCAUCCACUGGACGUGGUUCCUCUUGAUUUUGAAUCGAGUUCUUAUAGUUGCACAACCGGUGAUGCUAAUUUAAGUGUACAUACAAGUUCUAACUUUACAAAUACCAAUUUGGUUGGAUCACAAGAUUUGGGCCAUCAACCCCUGUUCUCACAAAGGGUGUUUAACGAAUCCCAUUGUUCAAGUUUUAAAAGCCAUAGAAUAGCAUUAGAAGCUUCAACCACCGAACAAAAAAGACUCAUCAAAUCCUUUAGCAGCUCUGAGAGGAUUGGGUUAGUAUGGCCAGAGCAGCCACUUGACAUAUUUGCUCCACUUUCCUUAGAUACUUCAAAUACUUUCAAGUCUUACAAAAAUCCCAAUUAUCUCAAGUCAUCCAACCAGAAUUGCAGGGAUUUUGCUGGAUCAGGCUUGCUAGUUGAGUUAAAGAGAGAUGAUACUGCAAAGAAAAAGAAAAGGUCAUCUUUUGUGAGAAUCAUAAGCAAGCAAAUGGUUGGGAUUUAUCUUUCAAUUUGGGUUCGUAGAAGCCUCCGAAAACAUAUUCAAAAUUUGAAAGUUUCUAGCGUUGGUGUAGGUGUCAUGGGUUACAUUGGCAAUAAGGGAUCAAUAUCAGUCAGCAUGUCCAUAUAUGAAACACUCUUUUGCUUUGUAUGCUGUCAUCUUUCUUCUGGAGAAAAGGAAGCUGAUAAGCUUCGAAGAAAUGCCGAUGUUCAAGAAAUUCACCGAAGGACACUAUUUCGACCAACUUCUAUUAUUGGUUUACCUAAAACUAUUUCUGAUCAUGAAAGGAUUUUUUGGCUAGGAGACCUAAACUACCGCAUAGAUUUGUCAUAUGAAAUGACUCAUCAGCUUAUCUCAAGAAAAGAAUGGUCUAAGCUCGUUGAGGCUGAUCAGGUAGUAUUUUAACCACUUUUAAAUGGC